AUGGUAAUACUUGUAUUUUUGGAGACUUUUGUGAAAAUAACUAAAAUGAUUGUAUUCAAUCUAAAAAGGGACCCUGUUUAUGGAUUUAGAAUUCAUGUAUUAAUUAAUUAUUCUAAUUGUGAGGAUGCUAAAUUUAAAACUUUUUAAGAUAAUAAUAUUUGUAAAUUAUAUCAUAAUGAUUGUGUAUCUGAUGGAUAAAAAUCUAUUUAAGUAGUUUAAAAUAUUCUAUUUAUCUAAUAUCAUAUGCAUGUAUUAAUCCAUCCUAAGAAGAAACUUGUAUUUGGAAUUAAAUAACAAAAAAUUUUAAAUCAGUAAUAUGUGAAGAUUAUCAAUACUACUACUCUAACUAUGAAGAAACUUCAUGUUACUAAGGAACUGAUGGUCUAUGUAUUUUUAGUUUUCCAUUUGAAGGAAAGACAAGACUCCUAUUAAAUCUUGGAGAGCCAAGGAAUGUCAAGAAGUUUACAAUGCAUAAAAUAAUCUAAACUGUUAAAACAUCUUAUCAGGUAAAUAAUGUGUUUCUAAUGGUACUCAUUAUAUUCCUAAAGCAUAAUGUAGUGCUUACUAAACUCUUACCACCUUGUUAAGGGGGAGGUAUCGAUGAUACAAAACCAACCAUUUGUGCAUUCAUCCCAAAAGAAAUUAACUCAUAAAAUGGUACUUGUAAAACAUUUUCUUAAUGUGCAGAUGCAGAUAAAGAUGAAUUUACAUGUAAAAGUAAUCCAUCUUGUUAUUGGAAUAUAAAUAAAUGUGUUGAUUAAACCUAUGAAACCUUUUCAUCUGGCUUAAAUUGUAACCCUAAACCAAGUUUCGAAGGUACUAAAAAUACAAUAUGCUUAUUCGAAAAUGGAAAGUGUUAGACUUAUGAUCCUAAGAUUAUAUCAGAAUCUAAAGCUUGCUUUAUUAAAUCGGCAUAUAUAUAUAUUUGGAAUUCCAUUAUAAAUCAAUGUGAAGCAUGCUUUCAUUCAACAACUCCUUAAAAUCCAGGUUCAACUAACAUAGACAUUAUAUUAUCUGUAUUUGUAACGGCAAUCUUGAUGGUUUGA